GCGGCCGGUGCCCAGUGACAAGAGUUCGAAAAUGCCCCGCGCGUUCCUAGUGAAGAAGCCGUGCGUCUCCACGUGCAAGAGGAACUGGAGCGAGCUCCCCGAUGAGGAGCGCGGCGAGAUCUACGUGCCAGUCAGCCUGGGCUUCUGCCCACCACAGCCAUACCGGGAGCCAGAACCCUCCGUGGCCGAACCCCCUUCCUGCCCCCUGGCUUUGAACAUGAGCCUUCGAGACUCCAGCUACAGUGUGGCCCCUGGGCCCUGUGUGGUGGCCCAGCUUCCCUCUGAAGACAUGGGCCACUUGACAGACCCCCAGAGCAGAGACCAUGGCUUCCUGCGCACCAAGAUGAAGGUGACCCUUGGGGACAGUCCCAGUGGAGACCUGUUCACCUGCCACAUCUGCCAGAAGGCGUUCACCUACCAGCGCAUGCUGAACCGCCACAUGAAGUGUCAUAACGACGUCAAGAGACACCUCUGCACGUACUGCGGGAAGGGCUUCAACGACACCUUCGACCUCAAGAGACAUGUCAGAACUCACACUGGCGUGCGGCCCUACAAGUGCAGCCUGUGUGACAAGGCCUUCACACAGCGCUGCUCUCUGGAGUCGCACCUCAAGAAGAUCCAUGGUGUGCAGCAGAAGUAUGCGUACAAAGAGCGGCGGGCCAAGCUGUACGUGUGUGAGGAGUGUGGCUGCACGUCUGAGAGCCAGGAGGGCCACGUCCUGCACCUGAAGGAGCACCACCCUGAUAGCCCGCUGCUGCGCAAGACCUCCAAGAAGGUGGCUGUGGCCCUGCAGAACACUGUCACUUCCCUGCUGCAGGGCAGCCCCCACCUGUGAGUGGCCUGAACUCCCGGGGUGCUCCCAGAGGCCCCGAGAGGGUCCAGGGUCGCCUCCCAGUUGCCUGGCCAGCCCACCCUCCUGUGGCCUCUUGCCCAAACACCAGUGAUCAGGACUGGAGCCCCCCAUACCUUGGUCUCACCCCUGGGCACAUGUGCUCACUCAGGCCCAGCAAUGAUCUCUGUUCAUUUUUGCAUUUUUGACUUAUGGGCCAAGGCUGCUCUGAGCCUGGGAAGAUGCGCGUAUGUCUAGAGACAGGAUGAGGCCAAGGCUGGCUUCGAUUAGAAGCAGCCACCCACAGCGACAGGCACUGUGUGCCUGGUGGCAGGACUUCCCGCCCAAAGGAGGUGUGAGCUGGGCUCCCACUGCUCUGCCUCUCCGCAGAGGGCAGCGGCUGCAGGCCCCCGGUGGAUAGCAGAGCCAAAAGCACUGGCAAAGGGCACCUCUGCAAACACCUGCAGUGGGGGCUGGCCGCGGCCCCACACCUGGCAGGGCUUCUAAUGCUCAGGGUUCUGGAGGGCACUGUCCUUCCGGCAAGGAGAGGCACACAUGUGUGCCCAGCCGUGUGUGUGUGUGCACUGCCUUUCCACAUAUCACCUCAUUUCUAAGAAAUAAACUGCAAGGUGCCAAGAAGGUUUAUUUCCUUUUUUUUUAAGAUGACAAAUGUACAGAUGUUAAUAUAUUUUUGGUGCCAAUGGCAAUGUUUUUAAGAGUGGGAUGGAGCUGGCUUUUCUCCAUUCCCAUGCGCUUCUAUUUAUCCUGGACAUUUCAAACCUCCUUUGUGCCUUGGCUCUGGGUGGGGGUGGCUGCCCCAACCCACCCCCAUUCUUUAUACGUCCUGAGACAGUCACUGGAAGACCUUCCUCCAGCCUUGCCCUGGACGGCUGCUCCUACAGACAGCACAUGGCAUCUUCUGCUCUUCCCUCCCGGCUCUGCCCUGCACAUCCUGUCAAGGCAAGCCCCAGUGCCCUGGGAGCUAGCCUGAGGCUGAGGGUGUGUCCCUCUGGGGCUUUAGAGGGAAGGCAGAGGGGACAAACGACGAUGCCCAUCCACUACCCGAAGCUCUUGGUUGAGUCAAAAGCCCUAGCACAGUGGCCAAAAAUGAAACAGAAUGAUGACCAGCACCUCAGAAACUUCCGGAGGGAGGAGAGGAUUGGAUGGCUACCAAAUUUUAUCUGUUGCCUUUUUUCUGACUUUUUCAUCUGGCCAGGCUGGGGUUUCGAGUGCCUCAGAGAGAGUCGUCCUGGCUGGCUGGCUCCCUCAAUGCAGCUGGGAAAGGGGUUGUGGGUGUAAAGGGGUGUGUGGACCAAAGGGAGACAGGCAGGGGUCAGAGCCUGCCAGAGGCAAAUGCAAAGAGGUCCCCAGAACACAGCCAGCCGAGCAGCCCCUUGAAGCCAAACCCCACCCGAAGCAGAACCACUUCGGCCUCCCCCGCCAAAAUGGUCAGCAUCUGCACCUCCCCGCUCAGGCUCAGGCCCAGUUGACCUAAGAGGAAGGAGCCUUCCUGGACUGCCGUCUGAAAUGUGUAUAGAUUGAUGCUGAAAACUCUUGUUUCACUUGCCUUCAGCGUGUCUGGGGAGCUGCCGUCUUCUGAGUUACACGGCACACAGUAAUGUUAUCUGCAAGCUCCGUUUCUGUUUACAUUUCUGUAUCCCUGGGUUGACUGCCAGUCUGAGGCCGUCAUGAGGCUCUGUGUUGUCUGUUUUAUUUUAUAACCUUCCCCUCAGCUAUUAAAAUUUGAGAACUAAUGU